UACUAUUCCUACUACUGCCACUAUUACUUGCUCCCCCUGAGCGAACGAAGGUAUAUACAAAACAGUACUGAGCGUAUGUGUGAGUCUGCCGGUGAAGCAUAUGAAGUACUCACACACACACGCUCCAGCAGCACUUGCAUGCCUCCUAGAUCCUCGUAGUAGUACUCUGUGCAGGACGAACAGAUACAUCGUCAACAGCUUCAUCGUUGGUGUCUCUUGCUCUGUCUUCCUGUGGCUUGACUAGUACUUUUGCCAUGACUUCCACUGAAGAUCACCAUCACUUGUUGUGGCAAUCCUCAUUGGGAUCCAUUGUGGACGGCAUGAAGACACACUAAAAGCCAUUUGGCCAUUCCAAAGGUCACUUUCAUGGGGUAAAAAGUGCAUCAGAAUGCCUGAGUGAAAAAAAAGUUAACAAAAACCUCAUAGUGUGAAGUUCCUGUGUGUCGUACAUUGGAUUCAAUUCAAGAGUGCUAUUAUUGUUUUUCCCUCCGGAUUUUGGAAUCUCAUGGCUUUCUCUGUCCAGGUGAUGCGUUGCAGUUGCCCCAACUCUUGAUUUCCAAUACGAUAUUCUGCAUUGGUUUAGCGGACCACAUCUGUUGGGAAGUCGUCAAUGUUGAUCAUGCCGCAAUUCCCCAGACACUCAUCGAAAGCCGCCAGAUGUCUCUACUUACCGCUUUCUCCUCAAUCGUCGUGUGCUAGUCAAUGCUCAAAUCUUGAAAAUCAUGGAGGUCAAUGCUGGCGACCACAGUUUGGACCUCAAAUUGACCCCUCCGGUGCAAUCACUCUUCCAUGAGCAAGCCAAAUCCAUUGUCGCCAUUCAGGAGCUUCAACAUGAGGUCAGUAGUCUUCUGGAGUUCAAGAACGCCCUCUUGGAGACCUUCCCACAUCUCCAAGGGAAGCUGGGACAUUCCCAUUCUCAGCCAAGGCUCCAUCAGAGCUACAACACUUCUCCACCCUCAUCCACAGCCCGAACCAGCUCGUCCACUCUAAGGGAACACGAUUCCCCACUUCGAUCCCCAAAUGUCUCUUCAGCAGAGCGGCUCUCGGCUCCAGGGGCAGUGGGCGGGGGGCGCCAGAUCCAGCAUGUCCACGACUCUGACGAGAUCCCGGGGUCUUGGAACGGAUCCACUGGGGUGGGUACCCUUCCCCGAUCAGGAAACCACCGAGGCCAGAAGAUCCGCAAAAGCCCCGAAGGCAGCUCCGCCGGUAGCAACAUUGUGGACUCGGGGUUCAGCACAGAGACAACCAAAGAUAUUUCUUCCUCCGGGACCAGCACGCUCCUGGCGAGCAAUUCCAGUGGCGGGCGAGCUAUGAACUCACACCCAAAUUAUGCCAUGGAUGUUCGGUGGGACACUUGGGAACAAGGGCCCUCUCAUUCGCACCAGCCCGCCGAAGACGAGCUGCAAUUCCUCCUUGAUGUGAUCCACAGAAAAUCCGUCCGAUUGCGCCGCGAUCUUGAUGGCAAGACUCUGGAACUGUCCCUGGCACAAAAUCAAGCUCACGAUCCAUCCCACUACCAAGAUGCAACUCGAUCUAUGGCUGGAACGCCUCGAAGGCUCCAGCCACAGAUCCCGUUGACGCCGGCUGGGCCCCAAAAGGGCCUCAGAGUUAUAUCUGAGCACGAUGCUUCCGACAACACUCUCCAUGGCCCCUUGGGAGGUGGCCACCAACCUGUGAUAAAUACCUCUGGCAAUGAAGUUGAGUUGCUCAGGCGGGAAAGAGAGCUUCUGAUGCGACGAAUUGCUCAUCUUGAGUCAGAAAAUGCAGAUUUCAGUGUCAGAAUGGGUGGCGGUGUCAUAGACCACAAGGGAGGAGGAGAAAUCUUCCACCUAGCCAGGACCAAAGGUGCACGUGGGAGCAUUAGCCAGAAUCCCAAUUUGUCAGAUUCCAAAGGAAGUGAGGCUCCCGAGGGCAAUGCCCAGGACGGGGGCAUUGUCCACUCCGUUCAGAUCCGCACGGGAGGCGUGGGUGAGCUCCGACGAGCCCAAAGCGUGUCUGGGGAUGCAAAUGGAAACGGAGCGGCUCCCAUUGGCCCAGAUCAGCAUGGUGUCAAUAUCGAAAUCAAGCAACAAAGACAUGCCAGGUAUUCGCAUCCAUCGCCCAGGGCCCCUCUCCCAGGAUCCGGAGGCAUCUCUGUGGUCAAUCUGCGGGGCAGUGUGGACAAUCUCCUACCUCAUACACUGAAUUCGUCAGGCAAUCCUUCAUCUCGCAGCUAUAGCUUUAACGAGCUCUCGGCAGCCGGCCGUCAUCGAACCAAUAGCUUUGGAACCCAACAGAAGCUCGGGCACAGACCCAAGGUGAUUCCGAGUCGGAUUGUGGUUCCCCCCUCCGGCAACAGUGCUCAAGCAAAGAUUUCGCCUCAACUGAAUCGGGUGCUCUCCAAUAAGAACCUGAAUCCCAAGUCCAAGUCCGUGGAGAACCUGGUCGAUGGUGCUCCAAUCCUUGGCCUGAAGAAUGCCAACUCCGAGAUGAAUGUGUACAGAGGCCAUCCAGGGGUUGGUCAUUCCAAGUUCCCGCAUCCGGCCACAACUGCCACCCAAUCCCAAAGAUUGAGGGGCACCACAAGUGAGUUGAAUAUGAGCCGUCUGGGCGCCAAUGAGAAGCUGAGGUUCGAUACCAUGGAAGGGAUCUUGUCCAUGCCUGUUGAACUCACUCGAGGCUUGAAGAGUCAAGUGAAACCCAACCGGGAGAAGAUCAGACAAGUGAUCAACAUGAACAACGUUAUCGACCUCCAACGACAACUUCUCACCACGGUCAUGGAGAAUGAGGUCUACAAGACUCAAUUGGAGAGGCUAUCUGAGAAUUGGACGGAGAAGAUUGGCGACAUCGAAAGGGCCAAUGGAUCCCUUCACCAUGAGGUGGAACACCUACGGGUGGAGAAUGAGGAGCUCAAGAUCAAAGUGAAUAAGAAACUGAUCGAAUUGGAAUCGGCUAAAGCCAAGCUGAAAGUCCUAGAGAAGAACCAAUUUGACGGUGGCGUCAAGGGUGGGGGCAACAGCAGGAAUUUGCCGGUGGCGGGAAACUUCUCAAAGACUGACUUGGUUUCCAAGAACGAGAACCGGGUCCAUUUUGAUCUUCACUCCACCCCGAAGUCUCCAGGCGCCCCGACAGCCACCAAAGUCGUCCAAGCAGACCCUUCCGCCGUCCCAGCCAGGACUGCAGGUACCCAGGGUCCUUCAGGAGAUGGUGGUUUGAGGUCCGGCAACACCACUGGUAGACGGGGUAUGAUUCAUCAUAGCCAAUUGCCAAGUGAUACCCGCCAACGUUUGGAGGAAAUGGCCAACAGUGCUUCCGGGUCGGCCAAGAAGUACUCCAAUGCCCGCUCCGGGGACCCGGUUCAAGAUCUCAUUGCCAGUCGAUUCAAUUUUCCUGCUGGCAACAACCUUGUGACCACGUCUCAGCCUUUGGGCAUACCUACUACCGCCACCCUGUCCAAGCCAACAGUUGCCCCCUCAUCACGGAGAGGUGACCCCUCGGCAACCCCUUUGUCGAAUAACAAUCGGGAACGAUCUCUGAAUGAUAAAAACAUUGAGACCACCAAAGUGAAUACUGUGCCGAGUCAUGGUCAUUCCUCGGCUGGAGGGGGCGUGAGCCAGACCAUUAACAAUUUGAACAACAACGGCACCACGCCCUUGCCCACUUCGACCAUGAACCAUUUUUCCUCCAUCAGUAAUGAUCCGUCUAAAAAGGACCCGGCUUCUCCUGCCCUCAUUUCUUCUCCUGCUCAAGUUGUCUUGACCGAAAGAGAUCUGAAAACCAUGGGUAGAGACACCAUUGCCGGACUGAUAGCCGGAAUCCUCCAGAAAUAUUCCCACAAAAAGGAGGAUUCCAUGCCUCCGCCUUUACCGCCUAGAGAGGCCUUCGUCCCAUCUCCAUCCACAGAGCUUGUUCCUACCAAAAUGAGCCCUGAAAUUGCCCAUCUGGCAGGUUCGAGGACCUCUAUGUUGUCUACUCCAACUGGAGGAAACUCGUCUAUGAAGAAGAUCUCUUGGGAAGCCAAUAACGGCUUGGAGGAGGUAACGCAUAUGGCACUUCAAAGGCAUGCAGCUACCCCACAACUUGGGAACCUCCCUGAGACCCCAUCGCCCUAAAGCCACCCAGAGCAGGACUCCUUGCAUCAGCCAAAUGAUAACUUGGUAGAUUCCCUUCAAUACCCAGAAAGGGACGUGGUGCAGCCAGAUUCGUUAUCCUUUGAUGAGGACACCUUCAAUCGACGCGAUCGGAGUCUGGAGUUCUACGAUUCCAUCAGUUCCACUGAGAAGAAACAAGCCUCCAACAACGGCAAACCCAAAAAGCUCAUCAUUCCAUACACGGACUCCUAUUCUUCUAAUACCUCUCUGUUCACCAGUCAGGAAGAGUCAAUUGACAGCGGGGAAGGCCGCAAGGAUGAUGAGGACGAAGAAGAGAGCACAUCAUUCCCCAAAGACAUGAACGAACUGGCCAAAAAGAUGAACAAGCCGGACAUCUGCUCCUCCAAUCGAAAUGUCACCCUAGACCUCUACCAACAUGCCUGCCAAGGAAGUAUGAAGAGGGCCGUGUCAGCCAGCCCACUGCAACCCACGGACAACGCCUCCCCUUAUCGUCCAGGACAGCGAAUCCUCCCUACCCCUAAUAUCUAUCUUCGGAACCAUCACAUGUCAAAUCCGGACCUUCGACGUCAAUCACCAAUGAUAUCUGAUCACCGGAACGCCAAUACACCCUCCCCCAAUCACCACCGUGCCGUGAACAGCCAAAUGAACCACAACAUUAUGGCGCUAAAGUUUCCAACCUAUCAUUUAGAAGGUUCCGCCCGGCCUCCGAGUCACGCAACCUCGGGAGAACAUCCCGUAGAGGAUCCAACAAAUGGCCAAUCCAUGGUGAGGUUGGCCACGGAGAGAAUGAAACGAAAGUUCCUGGGAUGGAGCUAGAUUAGUUCUGCGAUUCAGUGUAGAGAAAGGACUUCCGUGUGAAGAUGAAACGCUACGAAUUUCUUGCCUCAUUGUCAUAUCCAUGAAACCAAAGAGCCGCCACAGUCGACGGAAUAUGUGCAAUCACUAAAACAACCACAUCUUUAACAACAGUCGUGCAUCUUUGUACCUACCAAACGAAAAAGGAGUCCAAAGUAGGCCCUAGUAGGCACUUUGAUGAUCCAAAUGUGAGGACACGCAUAAAUACAUUAGUCAUAUAUCUCAUUUUGUAUGAACUCAAAUUGAACGAACUCGCAGAAAAAAACAACAACUCCAUGAUAUAAUUUCUUGCCGUCCCGAAAUGUGAAUUAGUGAUAUUGCUCCUUUCUCAUCUUGAUUUUCUCGAUUCAUAGAGAAUACGUUAUUUUUAUGAUUUCUUUUGAUACACUCAAAUACAAGUUAUGUAAGAAACGA